AUGAACGACGUAGGCGGCACAAGCAGCCCGCUGUACGGCAAUGAUGGGAACGGCAUCAGCAGCAUUAGUGUAAGCCAGUCCCUUCGCCAGGACGACCUGCCGUUGUUGCCCAAUGCCCGCCCUGUCGCAGCAGCAAGCAAGAGCGUUGGACCUGUCAGGCGAGAUAUGGCGACAGGCUUUCGCAUCGUUGUCGCCGCUCGCAUUCGCCCCUUCACAGAGUUAGAGAUGCACCAGUGGCGGCAGGAGGGGCGUGCGGCCGCGGAGGAGCGGGGGGACGCCGCGGCAGGGCGGAAAGGUAGCACGCGCUCAGCCUCGAGGCAGCCGUUCGGGCCAGAGCACAGGUCUCUUAAUGCCACAUUGUUGGUUAGCACAACGCACGCUGGGACCACGCCCUCGCAGGAGCUUAGAGGUGUGCCUCCAGACGUGUCUCCGGCGUCGCCCAACGUCGACGGUGUGCCGCUACCCGUCGUGGAGGUUGAGAGCAACGGACGAACCAUAGUCCUGCUCGAUCCGCAGAGAUCGUCGUUGGAUACCAAGGCGACGGCACCGGUGCGCAACGCCUUCACGUACGAUUACGUCUACAGCAGCUUCACGCCGAGGGUGGAGCUGGACUCAAGACUGACAGGGGGCCUCGCUUUGUCCUCCACCUCAGUACCGCGAGCAGCCGGUGGUGAACCAUACAUCAUCGACAACACGACGGAAGGCGCGUCUCCUACUUGCGCGUCGUGGCCACAGCUUUCGGCACACACACCGGAGCAAGAGCGGCAGGCAGAGGCAGAGCAGGUUGCCAUCUACGAGCAGCUCGCCAUCCCCUUGGUAGACGCGGCGCUGCAAGGGUAUAACACCUGCAUGUUUGCCUACGGCCAGACAGGAAGCGGUAAAACGUACACCAUGAUGGGUACCGCGCAGCAUCCAGGGCUAAUCCCGCGACUCUGUCAGCUACUUCUCUCGCAAGUCGCCAUGCUCAACGCCAAGGUCCAUGGUGGCUGCGCGGCCUCGCCGUCCACGCGGACUGCGGCAGUGGUCCUACAGCUUUCGUACAUGGAGAUCUACAACGAGCAGGUGCGCGAUCUGCUCACGCAGAGGCCAAAGAACGCCAUCCUGCGCUACCGCAGCCGCUUCGAUAAAAAGGAUAUGGAGAGCGGCGAGUUCCGCACGCUCAAGGUGCGCCAUCACCCAUCACAGGGCGUCUACGUGGAAGGGCUGACGACUGUACCAGUGAGCACGUGGGCCGAGUGCGAGGCGUUUCUUCAGCACGGCAACGCGCUGCGCACGCAGUACAGCACGGCGAUGAACGCGAAGUCAAGCCGCUCGCAUGCAAUUUUUCAGCUUCAAGUGACGCGGCGCGAGGACACGGGAGGCCGCGUGCGGGGGCGCGAAGUGGCGCUGGAAGCAUGCAGCAAGAUCAAUCUCGUCGAUCUGGCCGGCAGCGAGCGCAACGCGCAGUCCAAGACCACCGGCAAACACCUUGCAGAGGCAAACAGCAUCAACGCUUCUCUCUCCACCCUGCGACGGGUGCUGGACGGACUGGUAAACAACUGCGGCAGCUGCAACCCGCAGGCGCUCACUGGCGGCGGCAAAGCCAAGAAAAGUGCUGUAAUCCCGUACCGGGAGAGCCUGCUGACGUACGUCCUCUCCGACAACCUCGGCGGCAACAGCCUCACCGUCAUGUGCGCAAACGUCUCGCCCAGCGCGUCGAACAUCAGCGAAACGGAGUCGACGCUGCGUUACGCCACGCUUGCACGCAGUGUCGUCAACCACGCGCGGCUGAACGAGGCACCGACAGCCCUCAUUAUUCGCGAGAUGCGCGAGCAGAUCAAGGCGAUGCAGGAGGAGCUUCGGAAGGCCCCGAACCCGGCCCACGUCGCGGAGCUGACGGAGGGUAUCCUGCUGAGCGAGCAGCUUCUACGCGAGAUGCGAGGGAGGGAGAAGAAGUAUGAGUUGCAGCUGCAGAGCAGCGAAGCGCAGCAAGAGAAGCUGCGGAAGGCAGUGGCGAGCCACCAGGCUGGGGAGGCGUACUGGCGUGCAGAGGCGCAGCGGCAGCAGGAAGAAUCAGAGUCGCUGCGCUCCGCCCUUGUGGCUAUGACGACCGGCAGCACCGCGGCAGACGCAUUCGGCGACACGAAAGCGAGGUCGACAGGGCGUGCGUCAAAGCCGUGUCGUGUGACACCACCGGAUCUCUCUCUCCGCCUUCCCCAGCUGAACCAAGGCACCGACGCGAACGGUGCGAGAGCCGCGCCUACGCUGCGCUUUUCUGCCGAUGAUCGUUGCCAUGAUGGCGAAGCGACCAGCUCCGCGCGGAGCCCCUCCAAGACCAAGAAGAAGCACUCGGCGAAGAGGCACAUGGGGCUAACCCGCGGCGACGGCGGGAUCAGAAGGGACACCGCCGCUGCUUACGCCGCGGCAGGAAUUCUCUACUCGCCUGGGGCGAGCAAGCGUAAGCCAUCCGUGGCGCGUGGCACCCCGCUCUCUCUCAUGGACCUCCGCGAGAACAAGUGUCUCCCCGGUGCCGUGCUGCCUCAUCUCCGCGGGGGCAGCUCCGCCAGUGCGCCGUGUAAGGCGCGCCGCGAGAAUAGUCGGCCCCCACCAGAGGGGAUGCCGCAGCCGCUGUCGCGUCGCUCCCUGUCGAGGGAGUGGUCGCAGCGGUUUCCGCAUCCACCAUCCCAGCACCCGCAGCGCCGCCGCUGUUCAAACAGAGCCCCCAUCCGGAGGCCGCUGUUGGCAGUGACACCGCCGUCGAAACAGAAUAAAGGUGACCUAUCGAAGCUCACGGCAGGCAUCACGAAGGAGGAGGCACCGGAGAUGCCCUAUACCCCCGCUGGAUGCUCGGGGCUCAGUGCGCUGCAUAACGGUGGCAGCGGCGCUGUUGCGAAGGAUAGUGACUUGGAUGAGGCUCCGUCCUUCUACCAGACCGUCACCUACCUGACUGCGGAAGGAGCGGCCCUAGACGGCAGCAGCAGCGUUGCAACGUCAUCACGCGCCCUGUCCCUCACAGAGGGUGGCGAGAACGACCAGGUUGUGUGCGCCGCCGUUAGCAGCACGGGUAGGCAGCGUCCUAGUCAGCAGCGCAAACCUCGCUGCUUGGACGUGCUGCAGCUGCAAAAUGUCGCGCUGGUGCUGCAGCAGCAGCAGCACGCAGACACACCGCAGAGCCGUAGCAGUGGGGCGGUGGAUGAGGAUUGCCGGUUAUCACCGUCGCCGCAGUUACCACCACAACAGCAGCAGGCGAGCAACGGCGGUGGCGGUAAUGUCAGGGAAGCGGCAAAGGUGGAUGUCCGCAAAACUAUGCACCAGCAGCCAGCCGCUCUGCUCCCCGCCGGGGAAGAGAGCGAUGAUGAGUGCCGGUAUGUGCAGAUCUCCGAUGAUAAUGAUGAUCUGAAGCACACGUUUGAAAGAGAAAGUGACGGCGAUGUGGCGCCCACGGCAUCGCACCCCCGAACCUUCAGCAGCGAUGACGAUGCCGGCAUAGAGAGCGGCUGCAGUGUUUUCGAGGGUCUCACCGACACGAUGCCAGCCGACAGCUCACGUGUGUAUUUAGGGCACCAUCUCCCCUACUCGACCGUCGCUGCUGCCGUGGAGAGCGCCGUGGCAUCCGCGGCGGCGGCGGUGGCACCUUCGCCGGAGCAUGCACUCUCCUCAUCGGUUGGCCGGAAGCUAAAGCAGCACGGGAGGGCCCAAAUACACGCGAGCGGGUCAUCCCCGUCGUGUGAUCACCACUACUCUACAGUGGGUGCACUGAGCCCGCAGUCGUACUGGUGA